UAGAUAUUCUGGCAGAUAUCCUGUAUAAUCUGUGUUUCUUUGAUCCGUGUAUAGACUUGUUCUUAUUCUACAAGUAUGGCGCAGACCAUGUGUCGUCUAUCCCAUUCACAUCGCAAGAACAUCUCUCCUCUACCACCCAUAUCAUGUAAUCGUUCAAGGGCAAUCCCCUACCUACCAACCCCUCAAACACGACCUCCAAAGCCAAAGCGAGAGCCAAAGCGAGAGGCUCGAUUCCCCCUCCUGGCCCUCCCCCUCGAACUUCGCCAGAUAAUCUACGACUACGCCCUAACCGUCCCGAAUGACUACAACAUCGACAAACCCCUGAUAGUGGUCAACGACCGCGGCACCAACGCCUUCACGGCGCGAGGCCGCUACCGCGCCCUCUCCAUGUGUCCCAGCUGGGUCGGCGAAGGCGGCCAAGUCCGCGCCCUCCUCUCCGUCAACCGUCAAAUCCACGAGGAGGUCGAAGACCUGCUCUACUCCCACCACACGCUCUUCUUCCUCAACUCGUUCAACCUCGACCGCCUAGGCGCCUUCCUCGAUACCCUGAGCGACACCGCCCGCCGUCGCAUCCGCAGCGUCGGCUUCGAGGUCUGCUUCUUCGUCCAUGCCCAGACGGGCGUGCCUAAGCGUCGACUCCGCGACUAUGACCGUGCGGCUCGUAUGCUUGCGGAGAAGUUGCCCCGCUGGUCGUCCGUGCUGCUUUAUCUGGAGCCACGCUCUUAUUUUCCUUCUGCCGCUGUGGGCGGCAGGGAUCUCUCCGCUAGGGGCGUGUUGUAUUUGGCGAGGUUGUUUGCGGCACUGGGGAAGGAUUUGCAGGUUUGUGCGCUGCCAGCGGUUCAUAGGCAUGUUAUGGACGAUGUGCAGAUGGGGUGGUCGUCGUUAUAGUCUUCUUGCUUUCCUUUCCUCUCUUUCUUUUCUUUUUUUGCUGAUUUUCUUUCUGUUGUUUCGUCAUUGUUCUGAUUCCCUCCCCUCGACAUAUACCCUCUCCCUCUGAUCUAUGCCUUUGACUCGUAUCUGAUUUAUAUCCCUGUUUAUACCCUGCUUUAUACCUCCACUCCCAUUGCAAUGCCCCCCUCCACUCCAUGGAAACGUUCCCGAUGCAUCGACCUGCGUGAUGGCUCCCCACUUUGAUAUCUUGGAGUGAUUGGCCAUCUAUGGAUGCAGGAUGACGUUACUGGUCAGAGAUGCCCGGAGACGUUGAUGACUGUCCGUCUAUAGACGGUCCGCUAUAUUUCUGGGUGUUUUGUUUGACUGUGCGAGAAGUCCUCCAACAGACGUUUGAUACUAUAUAGUGAUCCUAAUUAUAAUUAAUGAUUAAUGAGCGA